AUGGUCGACCUGCCUGCAGUCGCGGCUAGCCUUGGCUAUACAAACGUCGCCUCCGUCUACAACCGCCUCCGGGCUCUGCGCAAGAAGUACGGCUUUGAAAACCUGGAAGGAAAGAUGACCGGCGCAGUGGCCAAGUCCGCUACCGGAAAGGAAGACAAGGACAACAAUAGCUCUUCGGAUGCCACCGUCGAGGAAGAACCAAAGGCUAAAAGAAAGCGAGGUAACACCCAGAGUGCAAAGGGGUCUUCUAAGCCUGCUUCUGCUGCCAAGGGUGCUAGAGCUGGCAAAGGCGCGAAAAGAGGCCCCAAGCCAAAGCAGGAGGAUGGAAUCGACGAUGCUCUUUUGGCUGCCGUUGAUGUUGCUGCUGAGGAUGCAUGA